AUGGUAUUUCCACAAAUACUUGCGUUCGCCACCUCCGUAGGUAUCAUAACGCUCGCCGCCAUCGGUUUAGUGUGCUAUCUCAACAAUCAAUCUCAACCACAUCGAACGUACGAAAGAAGCAGCUAUGGCACGGGCAACCGAUCUGGUGAUUACAGCAGAUACAAUCCCUCAGAGAAUGAAGACAUCUACUGCACGAUCUGUCUGGAGCAGAUACAGUCCGUGAACCGAUGGACACUUCCCUGUGCACACUCUUUCCAUGUCGAAUGUCUGAACAAAUGGACGGCCAACAAGCAAGAGUGUCCCAACUGUCGAAAGCAAUUCUAACC